GUGACGUCACCACCCCUGAAAGUGGGCCUGAGAUGGUUAAAUUUUGCACCACAGUUUGGCUGCAGGCUUUUUUUUUAACUGGAAAGCGCUGAAGAUGUGCGCCGAGCUGUGCGUAAAAGAGGAGCCGCAGGCGCACACGGUCUGUAAACACGCCUCAGUUUCACACGUGACUCUGGUUUGGACCUGAGCGGGACGUAAAGAUCUGGAUUAAAGGUCUCACAUCCACAGGAGCCAGACAUGAGCGGUGAUACAGAUUGGGUGGAGGUUUACAUGGUUAAGAAGCAGGACGAUGGGGAGGAGGUGCAGACCUCCUCCCCUUUGUGGUCAGAGGAGCGCUGCGAAGAGCUGUGGGAUCGCGUGGAGGAAGUGCGACACAAGCUGACACGGAUCCUGAACCCAGCCAAGCUAACGCCAUAUCUUCGACAAUGCAAGGUCAUCGAUGAGCAGGAUGAGGACGAGGUGCUCAACUCCACGCAGUACCCGCUACGUAUCAGCAAGGCUGGUCGUCUGUUGGACAUUCUCCAUGCUCAGGGCCAGAGGGGUCUUCAGGCCUUCAUGGAGUCCCUGGAGUUUUACCAUCCUGAGCAGUACACACAGCUAACGGGGAAACAGCCAACGCAGAGAUGCUCCCUCAUACUGGACGAGGAAGGUCCAGAGGGUUUGACCCAGUUUCUGCUGCUGGAGGUGCGUAAACUGAGGGAGCAGCUCAGAAACAGCCACCUGUGUGAGCGCCGGCUGUCUCAGCGCUGCCGGAUGGCCGAGGAGGAGCGGAGCAGAGCGGAACGUAAAGCUCAGGAAUUACGCCACGACAAGCUGCUGCUUGAAAGGCUGCGUCAGGACUGCGAGUCAUCCAGUCGGGAGCUGGGUAAGCUGAAAGACCGACUCCUGGAGCAGGCUGUGAAGUACUCUAGUGCCCUGGAGGAGCAGGGCAGAGCCAGCAUCCGAGAGAAGGAACUGCUGAGACAGGUGGAGGAGCUUAAGACCAGGCUGACAGAGGCAGAUAAAAAACAGAGUGACACUACUAAGAUUUACAAAUCAAACAGUCUGCGCUCCAAAGCAGUAAACGGCUCCCCUCCUGCUGUGAUGGAGGAAUUGCUGCAGCGUGCCGAGGUUCAGAAAGCUGAGAGUCCAAAAACUCCGACCAACAGCUCUGAUCCCUCCACCGGAGUGAUUGCCUUGAUGGACAUCCUGCAGCAGGACCGCAGAGAGGCUGCCGAACAGAGACAGGAACUCUGUGACAUCAUCGCCAAACUCCAGGGAGAGCUUCAGUGUGCCGAGGAGCACAGAGAUAAGUUGGAGUUGCAGUGCGAGCAGCUCCAGCUUAAGGUCAGCACUCUCCAGCUGGACUGGGACACAGAGCAGAAGAGGAGCGUGUCCUACUUCAACCAGAUCAUGGAGCUGGAGAAGGAGAGAGACCAGGCUCUGCGUAGCCGAGACAGCCUGCAGCUGGAGUACACCGACUGUCUGCAGGAUAAGAACCGACUGCGUAAACGCAUCGCAGAGCUGCAGGCCAAUCUGGAGCAACAGCAAAAGGAGCUGGAAAAAGAGCGAGAGAGGAGCCGCGAGCAACUGAGGCAGAGCUCUGGCUUGCACUGCUCCCACCUGUCUCUGUGCAGCGAGGACCAGUGCUUAGGGCCCUGCUGCUCUCUUGACCUAGAUCUCAGCCCUCAGUUCAACAGCGCCCAUCUGAUGCUGAAUAAGAUGCCCUCUACAGGCAGAAGGAGUGAAAACUCAGAGAGUUCCAGCUCCACCUCAGAGGAGAACCUCCCGGUGUCGGCAAAAGACAGCGAGAAGGAAAUAAAUCGCCUCUCCACGUUCCCCUUUCCUCCGUGUAUGAACUCCAUCAACCGGCGCUGUAACACCGAGUUUGACACGGACCACUGGGGCAGCGAUGAGAAUGAAAACAUUUUAGGUAAGCAAAGUGAACCUUCUCUGUGGGAUUCCUGGACCUCCUUACACUCCCACCUCUUCCCCCCCGACCUGGUCAACGCACCCACAACUUCUUCCAGCCAACCCACUCCCAUUUCCAGGAAGCCACCCUCUUCCAGCUCAACAUCUUCCAGCCCCCCAACCUCACCUAAACACAGCAGAUCCAGUCUGGCCGAUGACAUCACCAUCGUUGGAGGGAACCGGACGGGGAUCUUUGUCAGCCAUGUUAAAGCUGGCUCUGUGGCUGAACACUGUGGGCUAAAGGAGGGCAGCGAGCUGUUGGAGUUGGAGCGGAUUCUGUUUGGUGGAGGAAGUGUGAGUCUAAAUCAGUGCACCGCUGAGGUGGCCCACUUUACUCUGCAGUGGUGGACCGAGCCUUCGUCCCUCAAACACCAGAGUAACCCAGAGGCAUAUUCUAAACUGUGCUCGGAGCUGUCGUCCCGCGCAUUUUCGGGUCCUGACUCUUUUUAUGCGCGUGUCAACCUCAACAUGGAGCCUCAUGGCGACCCACCGUCUCUGGCUGUUUCCUGUGACAACAUCGUACACGUCACAGAUACAAGGCACAAUGGGAAGUAUCACUGGCACUGCUCUCUGGUAGACCCGCUCACAGCCAAGCAUCUGCAGACAGGAACCAUGCCCAACUACAACAGGGCACAGCAGUUGUUGCUCGUAAGGUUACAGAAAAUGUCACUGGCCCAAAAGGACUUGAAAAGGAGGAUGUUUUUAAAGAAGCCCUCUAGCCGUAUUCGCCUGGUGAAAGCUGUGGAUCCCAGCUGUCGCGGUGGUGUUGGUUCAUCUCAGCACGUUCUUUACACUCUCAACAAACGCAAUGAGGAUCAUUUAAUCCCGUACAGUUUGGUGCAACCAGUGCAAGUUCAGACGAAGCGACCGGUCAUCUUCUCCCCAUCUCUUCUGUCUCGAGGUCUGAUUGAGAGGCUGCUGCAGCCAGCGGAGUCUGCUUUGAUGUUCAGCACUUGCCCAGCUGAGCCUGUUCCAGCGUCAGAGAGACAAGAUAAGAAGAUCUUUUUCUUGGAUUCCUGCAGUCCAGAGCAGGCUUACGGCAUUCGGCUAGAGUCGAUACAGGAUGUCAUCACUCAGGACAGGCAUUGUUUGCUCGAGCUGGGGCUACACAGCGUUGAGAGCUUACUGAGGCGGGGGAUUUACCCCAUCGUCAUCCACAUUCGCUCUAAACACAAAAAGCACAAGAAGCUAAGGAAGCUUUUUCCAAGUUGGGGAGAAGACAAGCUAAUGGAAGAGAUGUGUCAUGCCGAAGAGCUGCAGCUGGAAACCCUGCCCAUGCUUUACUACAGGUUGGAACCCAACACCUGGAGCAGCACGGAGGAGCUGCUGGAAGUCCUGUGCAAUACAAUCCAGAGCCAGCAGAGGGCAGUAGCCUGGGUUGAACUCGAUAGGCUUUAGAUGACAGGGCUGUGUGCACCCUAACGUCAAACUUUACUCUCCACAGAUAUGUUUAUUAUAAACAUAUAUAAACAGUUUAUAUAUGUGUGUAUGUAUCAAUUUGUGACUGUCUGCUACAACAGAGAGAGUAAAUAAUAAACAUAGAGACCUGAGCCACAUAGCAAAGGUAGAGGGAGACCUUCAGGAAACUCCUAGGAGCAUUUUACCACGUUAUUGUCGGAGUACUUUGAUUGAUACACUGUAUUUUUCAAAUGUAAUAUUUUAUCAAACUACUGUGACUUUUUUAUCAAGACUUUUUAAAAAUUGUACAUUUCUUUGAAGUUUUUAAAACCCUACCUUUGUUGUAACCCACUUCAAUAAACUGACUUAAACUAGGAUGGAAAGCAAAUGUUUACUUUAAUAUUUUUGCAUGAACGUUUCAUUUCAAAGAAUAAAAGUGACAUUUAGGCAAAACCUC